AACCACUUCCCUGCCGGCGCGCGUGUGGAUAACUUAGUUCGCCUUGAAGAGCGAACAGCACCCAUGGCCAUCGCGUGGGUCCCCAUGCACGAAUGGCGCUGCUUCAGCGAGCAAAACGGCCACAGGGUUGCGCCAGUACGACGGCUCUGCUUGAGGCUGUUUGGCCAAGCCGCCGGCAGUGGGUAAUGGGAGCACAGAGGAAAUGAAGACGGCCAGGGGAAGGCGGAGAGCUCCCGCCUUUCCACCUCCUCGUUGUGGCGAUAGACUAAAGAGGCGCUUGAGCGUAGCACCAGACCGAGAGGCCUCAGCUUUUUUUGCAGCUCUAAUCGGCCGAAUCUUGCUGCAGAACACGGAGGGCUCGGUAGCAGUGGAUUCGCUCUAUUUCUACGCUAAAGCGCCAAGCGAUGGACCGCUUGCUUGGAUCAUGCGUGGUGAUGCUCGUAUAUGGUUCUGCUUCGUAUGUAAAGAAGUGAUUGCACUCUUUUUGGUGCCAUUUUCGAUAUCCCAUCUCUUGGCCAGAUCUUCUUCAGCUUCAUCGUCAUUUCUCCUUGGCAGAUUGAGGCGGGUGGUGGCAGGCUGACAGGCAGGCUGCUCUCAAAGCUACCGAAAGAGGAGGGGGAAGAUAUGCUUCUUAGGGCCUUGGCGACGAUCCUGAAAUCAGGGAAAUACCUACAUAUGAAUGGCCC